ACCUGCUAGCCGUGCAUAAGUGUUAUUCAUUUCGCAACACAAUAUUUACAACAGUACCAAACGACAGACACUUCAAACAAAUACUAAACAAUAAGUUAAUAAACGAGCGCAAGAGUUCACCUGCUGUUAAUAUUUGCAGAAAAAUGCACAGCAACGUUGCUGCUGCUCAAAUACAAGCUAAAAAAAUAGCAACAGAAGAAGAAGCAACAGUUAAGCCAAAUACAAAUACAAACACACACACAAACACAUACACAAACAAACAUUCGCAGAUACAUACAUAGUAAAGAGCAGAGAGAUAGGUAGGUGUGAGCAAUGGGCGGGCGGCGCGGAGCAGCGGACAGCAAAGGCGACCGCAGCGACUAGAAUUAACGUUUAGUCUAGUUUAAGCCACAGCCGCCACAUCACAAAGCGCGCGUGCUGCUGCUGCCCAAUAAGAAAAUAAUAAAUACUCAAAAGCGAGACGAACAUAUGCAUGUAUUGGCGGUAACAAAUGCAGCCAAUAGCCAGUAGCCAGUAGCAUUAGCAGUCAACAACGGGCCACGUCCACGCUGCAAACACCGCAUUACUAAUUGAAAGUAAAAAAAGCGAGUUACCUCAACACAAGCAACAAGCAUCACAACAAGCAACCAAUAUGCUGCCUCGGUUCCGUUCCUUAUAUGGCAAAAUAAUCAUAUUUGUGCUCGUGGCGCUGUGCUUCAUACUCUAUCUGAAGGUGCAGCCACCCAGCGAGGACUUUCCUCAGCCCGUUAGGCUGAGGCCCAGGCCAGCAGCGAUUGUCCGGGCGCAUGACAAGUACAUCGAUGACGCCGAGAAUGAAAUACAUCCGGUGACAAUAUCACCGUACGAGCAGAGCAUCCAGCUGGAUAUACAGAAACAGGAUCGCACGCUGGGCAACAAGGGUGUGGCCACACAUCUAAAGGGUGCGGCAAAGGCGCGUGGCGAUAAGAUCUACAAGAAGAUCGCCUUGAAUGAGGAGCUGAGCGAGCAGCUCUCCUACAAUCGCACAGUUGGCGAUCAUCGCAAUCCGCUGUGCCUAAACCAGCGUUACGAUAAUCCAGCAACGUUGCCCACCGCCAGUGUCAUCGUUAUAUUCUACAAUGAACCAUAUUCGGUGCUGUUGCGCACCGUGCACAGCACACUGAACACAUGCAAUGAGCAGGCGCUCAAGGAGAUCAUCCUGGUGGACGAUGGCAGCGACAAUGCGGAGCUGGGCGGCAAACUGGAUCACUAUGUGAAGACCCGAUUCCCCAUCGGCAAGGUGACAGUGCUGCGCCUCAACAAUCGCUUGGGUCUGAUACGUGCCCGUUUGGCUGGCGCUCGUAUUGCCACCGGCGAUGUGCUCAUCUUUCUGGACGCCCAUUGCGAGGCGAAUGAGGGCUGGUGUGAGCCGCUGCUGCAGCGCAUCAAGGACUCGCGCACCAGUGUCCUGGUGCCCAUCAUCGAUGUCAUCGAUUCGGUUGACUUUCAGUACAGCACCAAUGGCUACAAGUCCUUCCAGGUGGGCGGCUUCCAAUGGAACGGCCACUUCGAUUGGGUGAAUCUGCCCGAACGCGAGAAGCUGCGCCAAAGCAGAGAAUGCAAUCAGCCACGCGAAAUCUGUCCCGCCUACAGUCCAACAAUGGCGGGUGGCCUUUUUGCCAUGGACAGACGCUAUUUCUGGGAGGUGGGCAGCUACGAUGAGCAGAUGGACGGCUGGGGUGGUGAGAAUUUGGAGAUGUCCUUUAGAAUCUGGCAGUGUGGCGGUACGAUUGAGACAAUACCCUGCUCCCGCGUUGGACACAUUUUCCGUGAUUUUCAUCCUUACAAAUUCCCCAAUGAUCGUGACACGCAUGGCAUAAACACUGCUCGCAUGGCUCUGGUCUGGAUGGAUGAGUACAUUAACGUAUUCUUCCUCAAUAGACCCGAUCUGAAGUUCCAUCCGGAUAUUGGCGAUGUGACGCAUCGCGUUGUGCUGCGCAAGAAAUUGCGCUGCAAGAGCUUCGACUGGUAUCUGCAGAACGUCUAUCCCGAGAAGUUUGUGCCCAACAAGAAUGUGAAGGCCUGGGGCCGGGUGAGAUCCGUGCACGACAACCUGUGCAUCGAUGAUCUGCUGAAUAACAAUGAGAAACCCUACAAUCUGGGCCUAUAUCCCUGUGGGAAGACGCUGCAACAUUCGCAGCUCUUCUCCUUUACCAACAGCCAAGUGCUGCGCAACGAGCUGAGCUGUGCCACGGUGCAGCAUAGCAGCUCGCCGCCAUAUCGUAUUGUGAUGGUGCCCUGCCUGGAGAACGAUGACUACAACGAGCAGUGGAAAUACGAAAACCAGCAGCUGAAGCACAGCAACACAGGCAUGUGCCUUGAUCACAACGGCCUCAAGAGCAUGGACGAUGCACAGGUGGCGCCAUGUGAUCUAUCCAGUGACACCCAGCGUUGGACCAUUGGACACGACUAAGCCGCUUGGAUGUGGCCAGCACCAGCGGACGGACCAAGCCAAUUGUAACUGAGAGAAACUGACUAAGCGUAGCAGAGCGCUUUUAACUACAGACUCGAAUUAACGCAACAACAUGUGUAAAUACCAAUUAAAAACAACGCUAGAAAUCUAAUUAUAUAUUUUAUAUAUAAUAUACAUAUACACUAUAUAGAACGUGUAAGUUGUAGUUAGUGAAUAACAGAAAGAGAAAUCAACACAAAUCAAAAAAAAAAAAAAAAUAAAACAAAAACAGUCAAAACAAUACGCUAUAAAAAGAUACAAUAUGUAUGUGUUGUGCAUUUGUUGUGUAUAAAACAAAACUAGAAAAAGUUGUAUAGUAUAAUAUACUAUAUAUAUAUAUAUACAUAUUCCUAUGUAAAUGCUUGAAUAAUAAUUAUAAUUGCUAUGUGAUCAUCAAAUGAUAAAUCCAUAAAGAUAUUCCAAUGCAGUCUAACUACUUGCAGAGUCUCGGUUAAUCCAUCUAUGUCUUAAAUGCAAUGCGUUAAACCACAAAGAGCGUUGUAAGCAUUUAUUAAUUAACAAAACUUUUUUGCCAUUUGUUUUUGAAAAUAAAUAAAAGUACUUCCAAACGGAAGAUAAAAAAAAAAAA